CUCCGACUCUCCGAGGAACAACGAGAGGAGCCACGAACGCGGGAUUGACCCCCUGCUCGCUUCCACGGAGACGCGCAGAAGCUUCACAAACCUCGCAGCCGUCCGGCGGUCCUCCCCAACUUCCUGCCUGCGGGCCUGCGGCCGUCGUGCUCGCCGGCGGUGCGAGGGGAGGGGGAGGGGGGCGCACCCACACCCACCUGUAGCGACCUGGCCAGCAGUUUCUCCGUCUCUACAGUAGCUACUGUCGUCCGUUGACGGCGACUCCCUGCGCCGUGUGUACCAUGCCACCGCAGGUACAGAGGUCGAUGGUAUGUCCAAUUCGUCCUACUAGGAAUUAGACAAUACCAUGGAGAACAAUUUACAACAUGCAAGUACGUCGCCAAGGGAUUUUACAUUCCAAUUGUUAAAAAAAAUUACAAAUGAUUUUUCUGAGGACAACAGAAUUGGUGUUGGCGGGUACGGAGUAGUCUACAAGGGAACACUCGACAAUGGGGAAGUGAUUGCCGUGAAGAAGCUUUAUUACAAGCAUCCAGGACUUGACAGCGACAAGCAAUUUCAGAAUGAGUGUAUUAACCUUAUGAGGGUCCACCAUAAAAAUAUAGUAAGGUUUGUUGGCUACUGCCAUGAAAUACGUCAUAAAUGUGUAGAGCACAAUGGGAAAUAUGUUCUUGCCACGGUGGAAGAUAGAGCUCUCUGCUUCGAAUAUUUGGAGGGUGGAAGCCUUGACAAACAUCUCUCUGAUGAAUCGUGUGGAUUUGGUUGGCACACGCGUUACAAAAUCAUUAAAGGAAUCUGUGAAGGAUUAAAUUACCUUCACAAUGGAUCAAAAGAAUCGAUUUUCCAUCUGGACUUGAAACCAGCAAAUAUAUUGCUGGAUAGGAAUAUGAUGCCAAAGAUAGGAGAUUUUGGUCUGUCCAGACUCUUCGAUUCAACAGAAACCUAUUCCACAAAAGGAAUUAUAGGAACACCUGGAUACAUGCCACCAGAAUACAUCAAUAGAUCCCAAAUCACACCAAAGUUUGACGUGUUCAGUUUGGGUGUUACAAUUAUAAAAAUAAUGGCAGGACAAGAGGGCUACUCCAAAUUUGCGGAUAUGUCUUCCCAAGAAUUUGUUCAACUUGUACUUGAAAACUGGGAAAAGGCAUUGCAGACAACUGUGUUGUCACAGACAUCACAUGGAGUUAAGAAAUGCAUUGAAAUAGCAUCAAGAUGUGUGGAGGCUGACCGAGUGAAAAGGCCUACUAUAGCCGAGGUUGUGGAUGAAUUGAAUAAGAUUGAUACUACCAUUAUCGAUGAACUAAAUAAGAUUGAUGCAGCCAGAAGUUCACCAACAGAGCAGGUCACCAACCUACGAAGCAAUCAGGCCUUCAACCCAUGCGUGCACUCAGGAAUGUUAGGUGGUCGUAAAGAUGGGAGUAUUAAAUGCCAGAUCUUGCCAUUAGCCAGUGUUAAGGUGUUCAGUUAUGAUAAUCUCAGGUCAGCCACAAGGAAGUUUCAUGUUGGCUGUGUGAUUGGUGAAGGAGGGUUUGGAACUGUAUAUAAAGGAUGGAUCGAUGAGAACACAUUGUCAUCUGGCAAAUCUUGCACUAGUAUACCUGUUGCAGUGAAAAGAUUAAACCACGAGGGGGUACAAGGGCAUCGAGAGUGGUUGGCAGAAGUCAAUUACCUAGGUCACCUUUCCCAUCCCAACCUUGUGAAGCUAUUUGGGUACUGUUUGGAGGAUAAGCACCGGCUACUAGUGUACGAGUUCCUACCACGUGGGAGCUUGGAAGAACAUCUUUUUGGGAGAGGCUCAUGUCAACCUCUUGCAUGGAACCUGAGAACGAAAGUUGCACUUGGAGCUGCGAAAGCAAUAGCUUACCUUCACAGUACAGAAGCAAAGAUUAUUGUUAGAGAUGUUAAGAGUUCCAAUAUUCUCCUUGACAGCGACUAUACUGCGAAGCUCAGUGAUUUUGGAUUCGCAACUGAUGGUCCCGUUGGUGAGAAGAGUCAUGUAUCCACAAUGGUUGUGGGAACAUAUGGUUAUGCUGCUCCGGAAUAUAUUACAACAGGUCAUCUUACACAGAAGUGUGACACCUAUGGCUUUGGAGUAGUGCUUCUGGAGAUGUUGUCUGGUCGCCGUGUCAUUGACCGGAAUCGGCCAAGAGAGGAGCAAAAACUUGUGGAGUGGGCUAGACCAUAUCUCAAACAUAAGCACAAGAUACGUUGCGUCAUAGAUGCCAGUCUAGGUGGUCUGUACUCGUUCACCGCGGUGCAAAAAAUCGCUGCCCUUGCCUUUGAGUGCUUGUGCUUGGACCCCAAGAAGAGGCCGACCAUGGACUCAGUGGUCUCUGUCCUGGAAGGUGUUCAGGAAGACGAGGAACCAGAAGCAGAGGAGCGCCAAGAAUUCCAAGUUGCAGGCAAAAAGGUUAUCACUGCGAGUGCAAGCAGGAAGAACAAAUCUCGCUGGAAUAUCUUCGGAGGGUGGCGGUCGUGAUCCAAAGCCAUACACUCGUCAAACCAGGAUCAGGUUUUAUCUGAGUUAGUAGAAUGCAAAUGAACCACAAGGAUGCCACGCACGCAGAUGCAGGAGCUAAAUUAAGAAGCCAUCCACACCGGCUAUUAUCAACUCUGGACACUGUCUGAAAGGCAUUUUUUUUCUUUGCGAUGAAAUGCGUAAUAUAUUUGAUGCUGACGGCUGAAGCACCUCAGAAUUAAGCAGGACUUUGCCCGCCGAGAGGCAAGAUGACUUGCUACGAACACUGGUAAGAUGAAGAAGACACCAAUCUUUUUUUUUCUGUGGGGGUAGACGACACCAAUCUUGAUGUGGUAUCGACGAUGCAAAAGAAAAACAUGUUUUAGCUGUAAUUUCUGUUCAUGAUAGGUAAUACAAACCAACCUGUAUCAAGUUUGCAACUCAAUCAAGAAUUAACAGAUGGAGAGGAUUAUCUUUUA